AUGCGCGUGGCCAUCAUAACUAAUUCCCAAUCCAACAAACCUGACUUGUCAGCACAUGCUCUUGGCAAAGCCUUCCCAAAGCCUAUUCUUCCAUGGCAAAUCAGGACACUGCUGCCCCACUCAAAAUUUGCAAGAGAGUUCUUUGCUGCCUUCACCACAGUGUUUUUUACUUGGUUGGUUGGACCCUGCGAGGUGAGAGAAUCAACCAUUAAUGAUAAAAAAGAGUGGAACGUAGUCCACAUAAAGAAAUGCAGGUUUCUGGAGGAGUCAAAUUGUGUGGGGAUGUGCGUUAACCUGUGCAAAAUGCCGUCCCAAAGAUUUAUCAAGGAGUCGCUAGGAAUGCCGGUCAACAUGGUCCCUAAUUUUGAAGACAUGAGUUGUGAGAUGAUAUUUGGCCAGCAUCCUCCAACAGCAGCCCACGAUCCUGCAUUGAAACAGCCCUGUUACAAUCUAUGUACGUCAUAUUCUCUCUGA